GGCGGCGGCGAAGGGCCUGGGAACGGGUGGCAGCAGAGCCUCCAAGUCCCUGGAAGGCGGCGGCAGGGUCGGGCAGCAGCGCGCGAUCCUGCUCUCAGGCAACUGAAUAUGUGCAGGGGACCCACCCCUGAGUCCAGAUGACACUCAUGCUGAUGGCUUCAGUGAUGGCAGUGACUGAACCAAAAUGGGUCUCCGUCUGGGGCCGCUUCCUGUGGGUGAUGCUGCUGAGCAUGGUGUUGGGGUCCCUGCUGGCGCUGCUGCUGCCGCUGGGGGCCUUAGAAGAGCAGUGUCUGACUGUGCUCGAAGGCUUCUACCUGCUCAGGAGCAAGUUGGACAGGGUGCAGCAUGCCGUCACCAAGUGUAGCAGCCCAUCCACAGAGCUCAGUGUCACCUCCAGGGACACGCCACCGCUGGCGGUCAAGACCAAGGCCUCUCCAGCUGGUAAGUUGGAAGCCAAAGCAGCUCUGAACCAAGCCCUGGAGAUGAAACGCCAAGGCAAGCGGGAGAAAGCCCACAAGCUCUUCCUGCACGCCCUCAAAAUGGACCCAGACUUCGUGGAUGCGCUCAACGAGUUUGGCAUCUUUUCAGAAGAGGACAGGGACAUCAUCCAGGCGGAUUACUUAUACACCAGAGCGUUGACCAUCUCGCCCUACCAUGAGAAAGCGCUGGUCAACCGGGACCGGACGCUGCCACUGGUCGAGGAGAUCGACCAGAGGUAUUUUAGCAUCCUCGACAGCAAAGUGAAGAAGGUCAUGUCCAUCCCCAAGGGCAACUCCGCGCUGCGCAGAGUCAUGGAGGAAACCUACUACCAUCACAUCUACCACACAGUCGCAAUUGAGGGCAACACCCUCACCCUCUCGGAAAUCAGGCACAUCCUGGAGACUCGCUAUGCCGUGCCAGGCAAGAGCCUGGAGGAGCAGAACGAGGUCAUCGGCAUGCACGCAGCAAUGACAUACAUCAACACGACGCUAGUCUCCCGCAUCGGGUCUGUCACCAUCAGCGAUGUGUUGGAGAUCCAUAGGCGGGUGCUCGGUUACGUGGAUCCAGUGGAAGCUGGCAGGUUUCGGACAACCCAGGUCCUCGUGGGACACCACAUCCCUCCCCAUCCUCAAGAUGUGGAAAAGCAGAUGCAGGAGUUCAUCCAGUGGCUCAACUCCGAGGACGCCAUGAAUCUGCACCCAGUGGAGUUUGCGGCCUUGGCCCAUUAUAAAUUGGUUUACAUCCACCCUUUCAUCGAUGGCAACGGAAGGACCUCGCGCCUGCUGAUGAACCUCAUCCUGAUGCAGGCGGGCUACCCACCCAUCACCAUCCGCAAGGAGCAGAGGUCCGAGUACUACCAUGUACUGGAGGUCGCCAAUGAAGGCGACGUGAGGCCAUUCAUCCGCUUCAUCGCCAAGUGUACGGAGACCACUCUGGACACCCUGCUCUUUGCCACAACAGAGUACCCGGUGGCACUGCCCGAGGCCAAACCCAACCACUCCGGGUUUAAGGAGACACUGCCUGUGAAGCCCUAACCCUGGAAAUCCUCCCUUGGUGACAAGGGAUGUCCCAAGGGGGGGGAAACCCUUAGCAUUUCUAGAAACCUAGUUGUCUCCUAAAGCAAAUGGAGACAGAAAAGGAACUUAAAACGUUCUUUACCUCCAAAUGUUUUAGUUAAAAAAAAAAAAAAAAAACCUAAAUUAUUAAGCCUUAUCUCUAAGGUAACUUAUAGUUCAGCCCAAGUUAUUAUUUAUUUUCCUCUUUGGGGCCAGUAAAUGUUGUGUGGCGUCUGUCUGCGCUGGUGUCCCUAAGGAGGGAGGCUUUGGGAGCAUCAAUGCUGUGUGUGUGACCAGAACACAGGUUCUGGAGCAGAAUUUGCACUCAGGUGGGAAGAGGCCAGAAGUGUGAUAGGAGGUCCAAAAGCCAUAGGAGGAACUCCUCCAAAUGUCCUGUGACUUGACCUGAGAGGUCAGUACUCUUGGGGAGAACCUGGUCCCGGUUUUGAGAAAUGACUGAAAGCUUGCUUCUACGAAGAGGUUGGCGUUGUGACUAAUUCUCACUGGUAGACCAGCAAACUUUUGAGAGAUGAAAUAAAAUUAAUGUUGACAACAUUUCUAGUUAGAUACCUUUCUCAUUUCAAGGAAGUCCUUAAGUCAUAGUUAGCUUGCACACUCUAGUGCCAGAGGCUGUUAUGUUCCCUUAUCAAGACUGUUUUUCUAAUUAAGAGAAUAGGGGAGUGGCCAGCUUGGUUUUCUCUGUGUAUGAAAUGUUUCUCGCACUUCGUUUGCAGCAACUCAGACCAGAUGUUUUAGUCUACAAGUUCUCUGGGUUUGUCACGCAACUAAAUCCUACUGCAGAUCAGGUAUUGUUCAAGUAGCCAAGUCUGCCCUCACCCCCGACUCUUGAGUUGAACAUCUCGUGUAGGCAGAUAUUCAAGAACACAUCCGAGAAAACAGUUGCCACGUAAACACCAAAUUAGCAUUUUUGAUAAUGAAUUAGAGGGAGUUUCUACCAAACCAGGAAAAACCUUUCAGCCAGGCAGGAUGUGCCCCUUUUGUCAUGCAGUCUUCUCCACUUACUGACUUGACCCCCACCUCCCCCAGCCCUUGUACUGUCUCGUGUCCCCUCGGGGAAGCAGAAGAGAUUGCCUUGGAGUGGCCUUAUUUUUCUAGCAUCUUGUAAAAUGAUAAAAUGUCCUAUGUGAUACGGCCAAGUUUCCAAGUCUUCAUUCUAUGGGAGAAGACUCUUUAUCAAUAGCAUGUCGGUCCAGGUGCCGCGAUGACCACUGCUGUGCUGCUCAGAGUCCAAAGGGCCACGGGUUCCUUUGCCAGUGACAGGGCCCGGGGACGUCCAACGCUGUCGUGCACUUUGUCAGGGUCGGAAUGGUGGUGAACACAUACAAAGUGUAGUCUCUGACUUGGGAAGUCAUACCCUGAUAGGAAGGAGGUCACUCUUCUGAGGUAGCAGAUAUUUCUAAAGUUAUUUAACUGUGUAACAGGCACAGAGUAGCUUUCUGAAAGAUUAAGAAAUCUUUGUGAAGUGGCCCCAAGGGAUAGUUAUUCAAACCUUUAUGAAAAAUAUUUGCAUACUCGUAUGCUGCCAUACAAGUUCAGGGCAGAGGGCUCUCUGCCCCUGAACUCUUCUAUCGUCUUGGUUUUAUAAGCACACCGAGGAAGCCUGACAGAAGUGCGUGAUUUGUACGAGAGAGAAACGUGCACUUUAGCUCUGUUGUGAAGGAUGUUAUUUUAAUAGAUUACUGACUCUAAUAAAGUAUUUUAUUACAUAAA